ACGCCAUCUAGAUAAAAUUUAGCAACUUUGACGAGGAGACAGCGCUGUUUCCUCUUUCUUCGCAUCGCAACCAAGAUGUCUACACACAAAAAGAAGACCAGGAAGCUUCGUGGUCACGUCAGUCAUGGUCACGGUCGUAUAGGUAAACACAGGAAACAUCCUGGUGGUCGCGGUAAUGCCGGUGGUCUUCACCAUCACCGUAUCAACUUUGACAAAUACCACCCUGGGUAUUUUGGAAAACUUGGUAUGCGAAAUUACCAUUUAAGGCGUAACACAAAGUGGUGUCCAGCCUUAAAUUUGGACAAAUUAUGGACACUGGUAUCAGAACAGACUAGGCUUAAAUAUAAGGACUCAAAGAGUAAAGUACCAGUAAUUAAUCUUGUAAAAGCGGGCUACUAUAAACUUCUAGGAAAAGGACGCCUUCCUAAACAACCAGUUAUUGUUAAAGCCAAAUUCUUCAGUAAAUUGGCAGAAGACAAAAUCAAGGCUGUUGGAGGAGCUUGUGUCCUCUCUGCUUAAAUAUGCAAGGACCAACAUACUGGCAGAACACCUUGCUACGCAUUCAUUUGUGUUUAUAUUCUUAAUAAAAUUUAAACAACCAAAAAAAAGAA